AUUUGAAAGCGAGGGUGUGGGUAAAAGAAGGAGCGUUGCAAAGUUAACAAGUUCUCACGUUUUCAUUGGGUGUAGGUAGUUAUCUGUGUAUUUUUCCAUUAUCCCGCUUAGGAUCUUUAGAUUUGGUUGCCAUAAAUCAUGCCAGAAGACAUGGAGCAUAUCCAAAAAGCCAUACGAGAGGACCUGCAGAAGAACAGGCAAUAUGUUAAAGCCAUGGAGGAUUUUUCACAGAUGAAAACCAAUGAGAAGCGAGUGCAGUUUGCUCUGUCCUUACCAUUUGUGCAGAACCAUAUACAUCUUGAAGAAUAUGACAAUAGCAAAAAUUCAGAAGAGGCAUGUCAACUCAGGACUCAAGGAAACCAAUUCUUCCAGAAGAAAAAUUAUGUUAAGUCCUUAAAACUGUACACAGCAAGUGUAUUGAAGGCCCCAGUGACAAAUAUGGAUUGUUUUGACCAAUCAAAUUCUAAUACAGAAAGCAAUGAUGUAGAGCUAGCCAAUGCUUUUGCAAACAGGUCUGCCGUCUUGUUUCAUCUUGACAAAUAUGAAGCUUGUUUGAAAAAUGCAGAACUUGCUUUCCGUUGUGGUUACCCCAAAGAAAAUCAUUACAAGCUACAUGAACGCCAAGGAAAGUGUCACAGAAAACUAAACAAUUUAACCAAGGCUAAGAAGUCAUUUGAAUCAGCUGUUAAGUCGUUGGAGUCGUCCACUCUCGAUGAGAAGAAAAGACAGCAUUUUACUCAGAACUUGGAAAGUCUUAUUAAAGAGCUUAAUAGUGUAGAUUGUAAAGUGGAUUUAGAAAAGGAGCUAGAAGAUGAUUGUAGGAAAUCUGUGAAUUGUAAUCAAUUGGAUGUGCCUCAGAUUGAUAAAAAGGAACAAAAUCCUGUUUUCAUGUCAGCUAGUUCUAAAAUUGCCUUACGAGAGAGUGCUGAAAUGGGGCGAGGGCUGAUGGCAUCUGCUGAUAUUAAAGUUGGAGAAGUUAUAGCAGUGGAAAAACCUUACGCAUCUGUCAAUCUGUCAGAAAGAGAACAAGAAUACUGUAGUCACUGCAGUAUGAGGGUCGAGUGUCCUGUGCCCUGUCAACAGUGCUGUGAUGUUGCUUUCUGUUCUCUCCAAUGUCAGGAGGAAGCAUGGUCCGAAUAUCACAGAACGGAAUGUAAAAUUAUAAGACUUGUUCAGAGUAUGAAAUCAAAGUUGGGACAUCUAGCCCUCCGAAUGGUGAUGAUAGCAGGCUUUUCAUAUUUAAUGCAAGAACGAAGUAACUUUUGCAGUGAUGAUGUGUCGGAGGACCUAGGGUACAAUAAAGAUGGCUGUUAUGACUCGGAGGAUUAUCAUGCUCUUUACACUCUGGUGAACCAUGGGGACAAAAGAACACCUGAAGACUUAUUUAACAAAGCAGUUCAGACAGUGUAUUUAUUGAAGUGUCUGGAGUUAACUCCCUUCUUUAAGAAUUGCCCUGUAGGGCAGGAGGAAGAGGCAAGAUGUUAUAUAGGAGGGCACAUUUUGAGGCAGAUACAGAUGCUGCCCUGUAAUGCCCAUGAAAUUUCAGAAAUCCACUGGAAGCCAGGGGACCCCACGAUUACAGAAACAGUGGAGGUGGGAUCUGGAGCCUAUGCUCUUCUUAGUCUCAUCAACCAUUCUUGUGAUCCGUCAGUGGUUCGACACAAUUACGGCAAUGUCUGUGUUGUCAGAGCAAUUAAGCCCAUUCAUAAAGGGGAGGAAAUUCUUGAUAAUUAUGGAGCAAUUUAUCCUUUGACCACCAGAGCUGAACGAAGGGCAAAACUAAGACCACAGUAUUACUUUGAUUGCAAUUGUGAUGCUUGUCAAUUGGAUCUUCCUCUUUACUUUGAUAUCCCUGAAGACAUCCCCGUGUUCAAAUGCCAAGAGUGCACUGGACCUAUUUUCAUUUUGCCUGACAAACAUAUCUCAGAUUCUGAGUGUUCAAGCUGCCACAGAAAGCAAGACCUGACUGAAACUGUGAAAAAAUUACAGGAUUCGACCAACCAAUAUCACGUUGCAUUGGAGCAGGUGCUAGCAGGGGUCGACAUGGAGACCGCAUUAAUGACAUUAUUGAAUCACCUUGAAUUCCUGAUGACUCGCAUUUCUCUACCAUGGAGAGACAUCAAUAAUUGUCAAGAAGCAAUAAAGCAGUGCUUUGCUACACAAGCUAAUUCUUAUAUCCUACCUUGAGUGAACGUUUGCAUGACAGUGUUUUAUGAUGAAUGUUAAAGUGGACAUUUUCUCAAUAGUCUUGUCUGGAUGCUCUAGGUUUAGGCAUUGAUUUUUCCCCCCAUUUGUAUUGUUAACAUCCCAUGCCAGAUAAUGUUUAUCACUUUCUCAAGACUAAUAAGCUUCUCAUUGUCAUGAAAAAUUAUGAGCGACUUACAAAUUUUUGAAUUGUUGCUUCUGGAGGAUUUUAAAAUGUUAAAAUGAAAAUGAUGAGGGUACUAUAUUGUUUGUAUAUGUCUUGAAAUUUGAGAAGGAAUGUUUUUAUUCAAUUGGUGCUUUAUCUAAUUAAAUAUUGAUUAAAAUGAAUCUUUACGUUCCCUUAUCACGUGCUUAUAUU